AUGGCGACACCCUCUACCAACGAGCCGGUGCUCAAGCUCCCACAUCCUUACCUUACGUCCUACACUCUCGUUAAGACAUCGCGCCCUUCAGACUCUACUCCUUGGCUCCAAGUGAAGCCCCAAGAAGAUGCUGCUAGCGAGGUGAAAGCAAAAACGAAACCGUUACCAGAACGCCUUGACAACGACACGCUCUUCUUCACUGAGCCUACGGACCUUAAGUCGAGCGAGCGGCCGGCCGAAUCCAACAACACACCAUGGGGUCGCGCCCGCCGCUCUCCAAGCUCGACAAUUGCAUGGGACGUCGCAACACCACCCACAUUAGCUCAGGCCUGGCUCGUGAUAUACGUGCUAUUCACGGUACGGCCGUCGACGGAAGGGCUCCGCCUCACACUCGAGGGACCUGGCCGUGAAGCUCUCGUGGCGCAACUCAAGGCUGUUCUACUAGCCAUUGACCACCCUACAGCAGCUGGAUUAAGCGACGAGCUACUUAUCUUGCGCAGCACAUUCUGGCAGGGCGCCGGCUCGCCGUUCGGACCACGUAGUGUCUGGGUCCCCGACUCCGGCAGUGAUCCCCAAGAUAAUGGCAAUUCGUUGCCAAAACCACUCUCCACAUAUCCCCUAACGCCACUCCAACAUGCGAUGACAUCCGAGGCCAGCGGAUCUCCAGCGUGGCACCCGCGGCGCCCUGCGAAGCCGCGCCCGGGCUCCGUGGUAUAUAGUCGGUGGAUCCCUCACCUACGCGAGAACUUCAGCAUGGUUGCGCUCGACUGGGAAAACCCGGAACACCUAGAGCUAUUCCACAACUGGCAGAACGACCCGCGCGUCUCGCAGGGGUGGAAUGAGACAGGUUCCCUUGAGCAGCAUCGCGAGUAUCUGCGUCGCGCUCACGUCGAUCCCCACCAGAUUACGCUGCUGGCCGCUUUCGACGACACGUUUUUUGCCUAUUUUGAAGUGUACUGGGCCAAGGAAGACCGACUUGGCGCGUACUACAGCGCGGGAGAUUUCGACCGAGGACGACACUCACUGGUGGGGGACAUACGAUUCCGUGGCCCGCACCGUGUGACGGCGUGGUGGUCUAGCUUGAUGCAUUAUUUAUUCCUGGACGACCCGCGCACGAUGUACGUAGUGGGUGAACCGAAAUAUACCAAUAGCUCGGUCCUAGCGUACGAUUUCAUGCACGGCUUCGGACUUGACAAGUUCGUCGACUUACCGCAUAAGCGUUCGGCAUUUGUACGGUGCUCCCGUGAGCGCUUCUUCCAGCUCUCGCCGCUUGGGGAAAGUGAAAAGGUUGUUGGUGGUACUUUAGUUGGAUUACUCCCUAAAUUGUAA